AUGUAACUUUCCGAAGUUGUUAGGAUGGGCAACGUUUUGCGAACAGUCAUUGCUUUCUUCCCAUCAGAUGCCUGCCAGAAAUACAUCCUGGGAGACCUUGAAGAGAUGCCAAUUGAUAAAAUGUUGGAUCUGAGCAGCAGGCAGGUGAGGCGGUUCCCACUGCACGUUUGUUCUUUCAGGGAACUGGUCAAAUUGUACCUGAGUGACAACAAUCUGAAUUAUCUGCCCUCUGAGCUAGAACAGCUGCAGAACCUACAGAUCUUGGCACUGGAUUUCAACAAUUUCCAAACGCUUCCUCCAGUGGUGUGCACCUUGAAGCAGCUGUGUAUCCUUUACCUGGGCAACAACAAACUCGGAGACCUGCCCGUGGAGCUGCGCCAGCUGCAGAACCUCAAGACGCUCUGGAUUGAGUCCAACUGUUUGUAUCACCUGCCCAACGUGGUGUGUGAGUUGAAGCAACUCAGGACGCUGCACGCCGGCUGCAAUGCACUGCACUCCCUGCCUGCAGAGCUUUGGUACCUGAAGGACCUGCGCAGCAUCUGGCUCUCAAGCAACCUGCUGCCGGAUUUCCCCCCCGUGUUGCUUCACAUGCCAUUCCUGGAGAUUAUUGACGUCGACCGCAAUGCCAUCACUUACUUCCCCAGUCUCGUACACCUGAGCAGCUUGAAGCUGGUGAUCUAUGACCACAACCCCUGCAGAAAUGCACCCAAGGUAGCUAAGGGGGUGCACAGGGUUGGGAGGUGGUCUGAGGAAAGCCCUGAACCUAGGAAACGAUCUGGUAUGGAGAGGGACAAAGGAUCUGAGGACAUCGACUCCAUUCUCCCUCCUCCAGGCCAUCUCAGUCUAGCAGAGUGACAAAAAUUUCUACUAGAGUGCAGAGCUUGCAAGUUUGCUGCAGAAGCCUUCUCAGCCAGGGUGUUCAUCUCCAGAUAAAGAUGAGAAUAUUUGGACUGUUUUCACAGGCUGCAUAAUCCAGUGUAAAGCUGCAUGUGUUGAUUUCACUCGAUUUCUAUGGUAUUGUGUGCAAGCCCAGCUUGGUGAGUAAAUACCUAGAAUUAGCAAGAUAAACUCUGAACUGUGACAGCCAGCUAAUGUGCCCCCCCUGAUACCUGCAGCUCUUCUACGGAAUUCAGAUGGAACAAAACCUAGUACACAUUAUAAACGAAUCUUUAAUUUGAGAAGGGGGAAAGGAAUCAAUUUAAAGAUAAAAAUGCAGGUGCCUUGCAUUCUGUAAAAUUAAAUCCAAUGCUGCAUCACUAGCCCUGUGGUAUUAAA